AUGAAGCCGGAUGUUAUCCUGGGCAUAUUCUUCUGCACGACAAAGAUAGUGACCGGUGAAAUAUUGUCCCAAGGUAUUGUCAAAUUCGGGCCUUUCCAAAGACCCGAGUGCUUGCCUGCUGAGCAACUAAACUUAACUGCUUCUGCUACCACUACUACUACUGCUUCUACUGUUGUUUCCACUGAUGACUUGGAGGACAUACAAAAGAAAGCGUCGUGCCCAUGUGUUAUAAAACCUGGAUCGGAUAAAUGCAUCGCUUAUGAUUCUCGAUAUCAAGCAGCUUCGAUCGAGGAAGCACUUGUUGCGUUUCAAGAUGUUACACUUGAGGAUGAUAUUCUGCAAAGUCUUCCCGAUACCCAGAUUAAUGCGGAUACGUUCAUGUGCCGAACACUGGAGUGUCAGACAUGUGUGGCAAUACUACUCGAUCGUUUAAAGCUGAUUGGAUUAGUGCCAAAAGACGUGCAAAUUUCAUUACCGCUGCCGCAUUAUGUAAAACCGGAAAACUGUCACAGGAUUCGGUUUCUCAGGCCACAUUUUAUGCGAAAACCACCUCCACCUCCUGACUACGUAAAGAAACUGAUUGAAGAGGGUUGGCGCUAUGCUGGUUAUGGGCGUGCCGAGCAAAAUGCUUAUCAGCAACCGCUUAUUUAUCCUGCUCGAGAAACCAAAUUCUGGUCAGCACCACAGGCAGCACCCUCGUUUUCAUAUCGUCCUACACGGGAAUUUACGAGUGGAAUCUCGGAAAGCCAAAUGGAUUCUCUCAAGAAAGAAGUGAAGAGGGAAGCCGAGCCGCCAGUGCUCGGCACACGAUAUGUGAUAUCGUGUGUCCGGCGUGGUGAGGUGGACGAUUCCGAAAAUUUGGCAAUAUGUGGUGCCUGUUGGACAUGGCGUAAAUUGCCACCGCAAUAUUUUCCACCACUGGUCAAUGAACUUGUGUGCGGUGGUCAGAGCGAUGGGCACUGCCUUUCGGGUUGGGGCCAAUGCCAGCAAAAAUACCGCAAUUUUGAUGUGCUGCAUAACGUGAAUGGGGAGUGGAAGCCAACAACGAUCUCAACAGCCACAUGCUGCGAUUGUCGAGUUCGAGCUGGUACUCAAAUUCACGCACUUGUGGUCGGCAACAUGUAA